CAUUAAACCCAGAGAAGAAGAAGCUUUGCGUUUCUCAGCGGCGUGCAGCGCCUGUAACAGCUUCCUGCGUGUUUUCCAGCGUGAACAUGAACGUGGCUGAAGCUAAAUCAGAGCUGAAGCGGCUGCUGAGCAGACUGAGGCCGGCUGAACUCACGCAGCUGCUGGGCUGGAUGAAGAACUCGGAUGAGCUGGAGGACGAGCUGCUGGGAGAUAACGGGAGGGUGCUGCUGCAGAGUAUUGCAGAGGACCUGAGGGCAAAUGUGCCCCCUGAUGCUAUGCUGCCCUCUGAGACCGCUGCCUACAGUAAGAUGCAGCGGCGGUCACGGCCGACGGUUCACGUGGAUAGCUUCCUGUACGACGACGAGCAGGUGGACUCCCUGUGUGAACGGGGACUCAUGAGCCGCAACUACUGCCUCAGCUGUGGAUCCCACAGGACUGCACCUCUGGACUUCAUCUCUCACUCGUUCUCCGUGACUGAGCUUCAGUUCCUGUUCCAGCACGUUCUUCCAGAUCUGAGUGGCCGGACACUGGUGGAUGUAGGAUCCAGACUGGGUGCUGUGCUGUAUGGGGGGUACGUGUACAGCUCAGCGUCCCGGUUGCUCGGCCUGGAGAUCAGCGAGGGUUUCGUCAGGCUGCAGGACUCCAUGCUGCACAAAUACAAGCUGACUGACAGAGUUCAGGUCCUCCAGGCUGACGUCUGCACGCAGGAUAUUCUGCUGCAAAACGCAGAUGUUGUUGUCAUGAAUAACGUCUUUGAGUAUUUCAUGGAGCCCGAGCAACAGGUCAGGGCAUGGAAGUUCAUCAUGCAGAAUUUCCGGAAGAAGGGAUCUCUGCUGGUCACUGUUCCCAGUCUGCACGAAAGUCUGAAUCCCCUGCAGGUGUUGCAGCCUGACUGGGUGGAGGAGCUUCCUAUCAACUAUGACGUCUACCUGGGCAGAGACACAGACCCCGAUGCUCUCAGACAGAUCCACCUGUACAGGGUCAUCUGAUUUGGACUGGACCUGUUUGAUCCCUGAUCUCAGUUGAAAUCAUCUUGGCUAAUUUAUACUCUGAACUGAACUGGUCAGAAGUGAGCUUGUUAAAUCCAAACCCAGUUAAUUAAACCCAUGAUCUGUUUUAAACUGGUUAAGAGGGGUUGAAGUUAUCUGGGUUGGUUAGAGCUGGACUCUUCCUUCCCUGGUCUACGUAUCAAAGAAACUCAGGCUUUGUCUCAUUAAUUGAGUUGCACUUGCAAAAUACUAUGUUAAUAUUAUAUGUCAGUUAAUUCAGGGUUGACUAAAUGUGUGUCCUUUACUAUAAAGGCUUGGCAACAAGUAACCAAUCGCAAACAUGGACAGAUGAGCGUGGCAACAUGAUGAAAGUGUCAAAGUGAGACUUUCUCUAGUAAAUCCACAUAUUGAGUCACAAUGAGACUACCUGACUAUCCCAGCAGAAAACUCAAUAAAUACAACUUUCCACAAACCAAGACCAACACGAUCCUUCAGAAAAACUGUCUGCUAGUGUUGUCAGAAAUCUGACUGGUCAUAUUGUGGGGCAUCAUGUAAUGUUAGUGUAUCCUGCUCAGGUUAGAGAUACAGAAUAAUCAGUGUGAACAUACCAUGAGUAACAUGAUCACAAAGUUGACCCUUCACAGUGCACCGUGCUGCCACUCUGGUUAUGUGUAAUGUUUUUCUUGGAUGUGCCUUUUCACACCAAUCUCUAAAUGAGAAGGUUUGUCAUUUCUAAAUUUGGCAUUUAAAUGAGGAGGCCAAACAUCCCUGCAGAGGUUGGAGUCUUUCGGAAACAACAUUAAUGUAUGGAAAGUGUGACCAUCAGAAAACUGAUGGUGCAAGUGGUGGGUUGAAGUCAGAAUGUAGAAAUGUACUGCAAGGUGUCACUUUACAUCACAGCUGUCAAACUCCAGUGUCCUGACACUUUUCCAUGUGUCCCUGCUGCAACACACGUUUCUCUGGCAUUUAUACAAAUGAUAUCUAAUUUAAAAAACCUUCAGAUAUUAAAUAAAACUGGUGUGGUGCA